AUGCACAACUUGCGCACUCUAUUACUGCCUCGUCUCUCUAUAUGUUCAUCUGACCCGAUUCAUAUCUAUCUAUCUAUCUAUCUAUCUAUCUAUCUAUCUAUCUAUCUAUCUAUCUGUCUGUCUGUCUCCUGUCCAUAUCUAUCUAUCUAUCUAUCUAUCUUAGCCUGUUUCUAUUUAUCUAUCUAUCUUAGCUUGUUCAUAUCUAUCUAUCUAUCUAUCUAUCUAUCUAUCUAUCUAUCUAUCUAUAUUCCUCUACCACUCAGCCUGGACAUACUUUGCUUGGGCUUCGUUAUUUAUUUGUUCUACUUUUCUUUUUUUUCGACGGUGUUCCUUUCUUCCGCAACGGCGAUAUGCAAGCCUUUCUCCCAAGGUGGUCUUGCCCCAGGAUCGAAACCCAGACACAUACAUUGUAAACAAGAACCACAACAAAGAAAAUAUCAAACGUAUCUCCUUACUCACCUUUUUCAACCUUACUCUCCUAUUUUCCCCUCGUAUCUCCUUACACAUUCUUCUUCUUCUUCUUCUUUUUCUUCUUCUUCUUUUUCUUCUUCUUCUUUUUCUUCUUCUUUUUCUUCUUCUUCUUCUUCAUUUUUCUUUUCUUUUGUGGACUAUUUCAUUUCCUUCUAUCUCUCUUAUGCUCUCUCUCUCUCUCUAUAUAUAUAUAUAUUACUUUUCACGACUUUUCUUCGUUUUUUUUCUCUCCUUAUCUUUAUUUAUAUCCCCUUUCUUCUCUCAAGCAACAACUCCUUUUCUCUUUCUUCUCGUCUUUGUUUCCCUUUCAAUAUAUAUUUUUUCUUUCUCCAUUUCCCUGGCUUUCUUUCUCUCUCCAGCUAUCUUCCAUUAAUUUCUCAUUUAUUAUAUUUUAUAUUUUUCUUCUUUUUCUUCAUUUAUUUCGCCCUUCCUUCCGCACCAAUUCCUUUUCUGUUUCUUUCUCUUUUGCUUUUCCCUCUUUCUCUUUUCUUUAUUUUCGAAUUUAUCUUAUUCUGUUUCUCUCAUUUCUUUUUUUUUUUUUUUUUCUUCCGUCCUCUGUCUUUCUCUCCUUCUCUCCUUUCUCUCUCUCUCUCUCUCUCUCUCUCUUUCAUUUACUUUUCAUUCGUUUCCUUCCGUCUCCUCUUUCACCAUUUCUAUUUCAUUCUUUCUAUUCUCAUCCAUCUGUUUUCAUUAUUUGAAUUAAUUCUUUAUAGUCAUCCUUUUCGUUCUUCACAUAUUCCGUCUUUUUGUUUUCUCACAAUUUUUCUUCUUUCUCUAAUAUUCUGUUUCCUUCAUACAUUUUCCCAGCUGCUUUUUCUAUACUUCAUCCUUUUUCUCCAUAUUUCUGUUUACUUUUUUCUUUUGUUCUUUCUUUCUAUUUUUUCUCCUUUCUUAUCCUUCACAUCUUCCUUUUCUUCUUUUAUUUCUUCUUUCUCCGGAUGCAUCAAUUCAUUUUUUUUUUACUUCCGAUUUCUUAUUUUCUUUUCUACAAUUUUCUAUCAAUUUUUCUCUCUUUUGCCUCUAAUUCUCUUUUAUUCUAUUCUUUCCUUCUCUCUCACCCACUCGCUCACUUACUACAUGUUUCAACUUUUUUUCUCUCUUUCUUCUUCGCAUUUUUUUUCUUUUCUUUUUUUUUUUUCAUAA